GUUCCCCUGAGAUCCCGCGGAGGUCGGAAGGCCCCCCAGAGAGCCGGGUCCCCGAGGCCGAGGAUUCGCCUCUUCAAGGGAAACCCCGUUGCCUGAUCCUGUGGAAAAAAGCAUCGUCGGGGAGAUGAUUAUACAAAGAGUGGUCUUGAAUUCGCGACCCGGAAGAGAUGGUGCUCCGGUGGCGGAGAAUUUCCGCGUGGAAGAGGCCGCUCUGCCGGAUCAGCUGUCCGAGGGACAAGUACGCGUUCGAACCCUCUACCUCUCUGUGGAUCCUUAUAUGCGCUGCCGGCUGAACGAGGAGACCGGGGUUGACUACCUAAAGCCCUGGCAGCUGUCUCAGUUAGCUGACGGUGGAGGCGUGGGCAUCGUGGAGGAGAGUAAAUAUGCCCAUUUAUCCGGAGGAGACUUUGUGACCUCUUUCUCUUGGCCCUGGCAGACCCGAGCCAUCCUAGAUGGAAAGAUCCUUGAGAAGGUAGCUCCGCAGCUGGUGGACGGUCACCUUUCCUACUUCCUCGGAGCGAUAGGUAUGCCCGGGUUGACUUCCUUGUUGGGAAUAAAGGAAAAAGGCCACGUCACCGCGGGCUCCAAGCAGACAAUGGUAGUCAGCGGGGCCGCCGGAUGCUGUGGAUCACUGGCCGGGCAGAUUGCCCGCUUGGAAGGGUGCUCCCGAGUAGUGGGAAUCUGCGGGACGGAUGAGAAGCGCUCCGUCCUGGUCUCCGAGCUGGGGUUCGACGCCGCCAUCAACUACAGGACAGAGGACGUGGCGGGGCGGCUGCGGGACCUCUGCCCGGCCGGCGUGGACGUCUACUUCGACAACGUCGGCGGGAGCGUCAGCGACGCCGUCAUCCGUCAGAUGAAUGAAAGCGGCCACAUCAUCCUCUGCGGCCAGAUCUCUCAGUACAACAAGGAUCUGCCCUAUCCUGCCCCGCUGCCACCUGCAGUGGAAGCGAUUUUGAAAGAAAGAAAUAUUACGAGGGAAAGAUUCUUGGUGCUAAAUUAUCGAGAUCAAUUCGAUUCCGGAAUCCUGCAGCUGAGCCAGUGGUUUAAAGAAGGGAAACUCAAGAUAAAAGAGACUGUCGUAGACGGCCUGGAAAAUAUGGGAGCUGCUUUCCAGUCCAUGAUGACAGGAGGCAACAUUGGAAAACAGAUCGUCCGUGUUUCUGAUUAAAAAAUCUCCGCCGCCACUCCUAACCGCAGGUCCACGCGAGAAAUAACAAGCACGAUUCCGUUCACUUUAGCAACUGGGGAGAUCCUCGCGAGCUAGAACCGGAAAAUUUUGUGACCUAAGUAGAACAGAUGAUAUUGGCCUUAAA